AUAAGGUAUCCUCGGCUCCCCAGGCAGCGUGUCACGACAGCAGGAGACGCACGAGGAGGAGCGGCAGCAGUGUGCAAGAUGCAGUAUAUUUUCCUGAUGGUUACAGUGGCAGUGCUGGCUGGAGAAUCAGAUGCAGCCCGCAUUCUGGGUCUGUUCAAUUAUCCAGGAAAGAGUCACUUUCUAAUGUUCGAGGAGGUAAUGAAGGCGCUCGCUGCCAGGGGCCACGAAGUGUUUGUCUACAGCCACUUCCCUCAAGCUAAGCCCGUGCCAAACUACACAGACGUGAGCCUAGUCGGUUCCCUGCCUUCUGUAGUGAAUGCAAUUCCUGUGGACGAAGUGUUUGGUAGAGACGAUCCCUCAGUCACAUUUGGAUUACUCAAAAUUCUGACCGAACAGGCAUGUGAAAAACUACUUCAGUUUCCCGCAAUGCAGAAGCUUAUGAAAUCACAUGAAAAAUAUGAUCUCAUCUUUACUGAACCCUUUACCACUGACUGCCUGUUACCAUUUGUGUACAAGUUUCAGGCGCCCAACAUUGCACUUCUGUCAUCUGUCGUUAUGCCUUGGAAUCCAGAUCGCUUUGGUUUACCAGAUAAUCCAUCCUAUAUACCAACUCAGUUUUUACGGAUUAGUGACCACAUGAGCUUCUUUGAGCGUCUCAGAAAUUUGUGGUGUACGAUUUACAGCAAAUGGUUUUUUAUUGAAUACAUGGACAAACCAGCGAAUACGGUAGUCAAGAAAUACUUCGGUGAUUCACUCCCUCCUCUACAAGAAAUCGCUAAAAAUACUAGUAUGCUUUUCAUCAAUACGAAUCCAGCACUGAAUCCUCCGCGACCACUUGUACCUGCUGUUGUGGAGGUAGGAGGGAUUCAUAUCAAACCAGCGAAGAAGCUUCCAAAGGACGUCCAGGAGUUCAUAGACGGGGCAGAACAUGGAGUGAUUUUCUUCACAUUUGGUUCGACAGUCACUGCAAAGGAUUUGAGUGAAAAUAAGCGGAAGGCCAUACUGGAAGCCUUUGCAGAACUGCCCCAACGAGUGCUGUGGAAGUGGGAGACUGACGAACUGCCAGGAAAACCACCCAACGUGAUGGCGCGCAAAUGGCUGCCCCAGUUUGACAUUCUGUGUCACCCUAAAACGCGGUUGUUUAUCACUCACGGAGGUUUGAUGGGAACAAUAGAAGCUGUUUACAGCGGUGUACCUAUGUUAGGCAUCCCACUGUUUGGGGAUCAGCCUACUAACGUAAUGAUGUGUGUAAGGAGGGGCAUCGCACGAAUGCUCCCCUUUCCGGAAAUAUCUAAGGAACUACUGUUGCAGAACAUACGAGAGCUGAUUAACGACUCCGGGUACAAGCAGAGGAUUGUGGAGCUGUCAGAGGCGUACAAGGACAGGCCCAUGAGUCCCCAGGAAGCCGUCGUCUAUUGGUCGGAAUACGUCAUCAGGCACAAGGGAGCCAGUCACCUGCGCUCUGCCGCCGUCGAUCUGCAGUGGUACCAACUGCUGCUGUUGGACGUCCUGGCCGUCGUACUCGUCGGCAUCGCUGCAGUCGUUGCCAUGGUGGUUGUUCUUCUGCGGCUAUUCUUGCGAAAGAUUGGUCUGCUGACAAAGGCGUCACCAUCGGAACAGCCAUCUCUGAAGACCAAGAAAAAGAUGCAGUACAUUUUCCUGGUGAUUACAGUGGCAGUGCUACAUGGAGAAUCGAAUGCUGCCCGCAUUCUGGGUCUGUUCAAUUAUCCAGGAAAGAGCCACUUUAUAAUGUUCGAGGAGGUGAUGAAGGCGCUCGCUGCCAAAGGCCACGAGGUGUUUGUCUACAGCCACUUCCCUCAAGCGAAGCCUGUACCAAACUACACUGACAUAAGCCUGGUCGGUUCUCUGCCUUCCGUCGUGAAUGGAAUUCCCAUAUACGAUACGUUUGGUAGAGAUGAUCCUUUGGUAACAUUGAAACUACUCGAAAGCCUCACAGUGCAUGCGUGUGAUAAGCUGCUGCAGUUCCCCCCAAUGCAACAGCUAAUGAAGUCAAAUGAAAAAUACGAUCUAAUCUUCACUGAGCCAUUCACGACUGACUGUAUGCUGCCCUUCGUCUACAAAUUUCAGGCACCCAACAUUGGACUAAUUUCUUCUGUCUUUAUGCCGUGGAAUCCGGAUAGUUUUGGUUUACCUGAAAAUCCGUCGUAUUUGCCACACAUGUUUCUACUGGUCAGUGACCACAUGAACUUCUUUGAGCGUCUGAGAAACGCAUGGUAUGUGACCUAUAGCAAGUUAUUUUUUUACCAGUACAUGGACAAACCUACAAAUAAGAUAGUCAGGAAGUACUUUGGCGACAGUCUCCCUCCUUUACAAGAAAUAGCAAAAAGUACUAGUAUGCUUUUCGUCAAUUCACACCCAUCUUUGAAUCCUCCGCGACCAAUUGUUCCAGCUGUUGUGGAGGUCGGCGGUAUACACAUCAAACAUGCGCAGGAACUCCCAAAGGACAUCCAGGAGUUCAUGAAUGGAGCAGAACAUGGAGUAAUUCUAUUCACAUUCGGUUCGACAAUAUCAGCAACGGAUUUGCCAGCAGAGAAACGGAAGGCCAUAGUGGAAGCAUUUGCAGAACUACCUCAACGCGUACUAUGGAAGUGGGAGGACGAUGAGUUGCCAGGAAAGCCACCCAAUAUGAUGGUGCGCAAGUGGCUGCCCCAAUAUGACAUACUAAGUCAUCCCAAAAUGCGACUGUACAUUUCUCACGGAGGUCUGAUGGGAACGAUAGAAGCCAUUUACAAUGGGCUACCUAUGAUAGGCAUUCCGCUGUGGGGCGAUCAGCCUUCUAACGUAAUGAUGUGUGUGAGGAGGGGCGUCGCCCGUCUGCUCCGCUUUCACGAAAUAUCGAAACAGUCGCUGUUGCAGAACAUAAGAGAGGUGAUCAACGACCCAGGGUACAAGCAGAGGGCUGUGGAGCUGUCAGAGGUAUACAAGGACAGACCCAUGAGUCCUCGGGAAGCUGUCGUGUACUGGUCAGAGUACGUCAUCCGGCACAAGGGAGCCAGGCACCUGCGCACAGCUGCCCUCGAUCUGCAGUGGUACCAACUGCUGCUACUGGAUGUUCUGGCCAUCGUCUUCGUCGGUCUCACUGCGGUUGUAGGUGUGGGUGUUGGUCUUCUGAGGCUAGUCUUACGAAAAUCUGGAUUUAUGAGAAGGGUGUCAUCGGAAGAUACGUUUCUGCAAAAGAAACAGCAGUAGUACCUACCUUACUUGCGAAUACAAAAGGUGCAUCUUAUAAUAUAUCGACUUCUAAACUGAAAGUAAGUUGUUGACAAAAUCACCAGCUGGGUCAUUAAAAGCUCCUGCGAUUAGUGUUUCGAGAAUUUCAGUAGAUAACAUUUGCCUCAAGUUUUUGAAAAGCUGGGAUUAGUGAAACGACUGAGGCACAUGACUGGAUAUUAUUCUUAGAAUGAAAAGCUGUAACUUCAUUCAAUUGGUCUAGCCCAUUUUGGGAAAAUUGGCAUAUUUCCAAAUAACAUUAAAUAUUGACGUGUACAGAUUCCAUGGAUGCGACCAAUAUUACUGUAUAGGACGACUUAGUUACAUUAAAAAGAAGUUUACAUCUCACAUUAAAACUUAUCUAUGAAUGAAAUUGUCGUUUGGGUCUGAUGCACCAUUAGUUCGUCGUAUAGUCACGCAUGUCUUACACUUGACAGUGCAAUUGUUACCAUUAUUGCCACUAUACACAUUAUAUAUGCUUCUUUCAGUGAGGUGAAGAGAACAAUAAAACGCCUUUCCUCAAGCAAAUAGCAAUGGUGAAGGCAAAACGAAUCUGAAAGCUAAAUGGAAACGUUAAGAAUGCAGCAGAGGUGGAAAGUAGCUACUUCGUCAAUCACUGUGGAAUUUCCUAUGGGUUGGCUUAGAACAUCGCGAAUAACUGCAUUAUAAUGGACUUACUGGAACACAGGUGCUCUCAGCCUUCUAAUAUUUCUCAACUGUGGCUGUUAGAAAAGUGAGAUCGUUUCAUGUGGUUAUUUUACACUCCUGUGAUCAUGUACAGAGUGUAAGUUUCAAGAGGAAGCGUUUUAUCGAGCUCUCUCCUGGUAUUCAAAGACUGUAUGCUUCGUGUUUCCUGUUCUGGAAACCACACUCACUCUCUGGUGUCAUCAACUGCACUCCCAUUGUAAAAACAUUGUAACUAGUUGUCAAAGUAGAGUAACAAAUUUUGUGCGUACUAAAGAUGUAGUUAUAUGUAGCCUAUGGUCAGAGGUCACUACUCAACUCUGUUCUUUGCAUUUCUGUUAAUUAAAAUGUAAUUUAUAAGUGACAUGCGUUAGAGAAAAAUAUUACAAACUUUCAUA